CUCUCUUCUACCAAACAAUCAUACACUUGAACUUCUCUCCCCCAUCAGUCUCAAUAUGUCACAGUCAGACCCAGUCGAUGGGCAAAUCACCACCACAAUCACAGCAACAGCUCAUCUCACCCUCCCCGCUCACCCAACUCCGAUGUCCUAUGAAGAGCUCAACCCUCGUUCAUCAGCGCACGAAUUCUUCGGUCCUCUAGGAUGUCUCAUAGUUACUUUUCUCACUCCGAUCACCGCUUAUGGGCUCUUCUUCGCUUGCAAUGAAGUGACAGGAUGUCCACCAUCCUCAUCUGCGGCGUGGAGAGCGACAUGGGAGUUGAUCGGUGAUUGGCCCAGUUUAGCUGGCAACCUGUGGGAUUGGAAUGCCAUGUGGGUGUAUCUGGGAUGGUACAUUUAUUGUGUGGCUUGCUGGGCUGUGCUUCCUGGUCAGACAGUGGAAGGUGGUUUAUUGAGAGAUGGUAAGAGGAAAGUAUACAAGAUGAACGGAACAUCAACACUUCUUCUUACUCUAGGAAUUACAGUGGGUAUCAUCCUUCAACCCGGUGGUCCGGAACGUUUCGCUUGGCUGUACGAUCAUUGGGUACCGCUGGUCUCGGCUUCUUUGGUCAUGGCGCUCGCUCAAGCUAUAUGGGUGUAUGUUUGGUCUUUUUACUCUAAAGAGCUGUUGGCUAUAGGCGGUAAUUCCGGAGUGUUCAUCUAUGAUUUCUUCCUCGGCCGUCCCCUAAAUCCCACAUUUCCCGGGUUCCCCUCGUUCGACAUCAAAACAUUCAACGAAGUCCGACCUGGGAUCAUCCUUUGGGUUUUACUCAACGUUUCUUGUGCCUGCGAGCAGUACGUACGGAAUGGUAGUGUGUCAGAUUCCAUGUGGCUGGUCUUGGUUUUCGAAGGAUGGUACGCUGCCGAUUGUUUGAUUUCAGAGGCAUCCAUCUUGGGUCAGAUGGACAUCACAACCGACGGAUUCGGUUUCAUGCUGGCUUUUGGUGAUCUUACUUGGGUUCCAUUCACAUACGGACUUCAAGCUCGAUAUCUAGCUUUCACCCCUGUACAUCUUGGUUGGGCCCGUUCCGCUGGUAUAAUCGCUUUGGAAGUGAUCGGACAGUAUAUAUUCAGAGUUGCGAAUAAUGAGAAGGAUCAAUUUAGGAAAGGCAAAAAUCCCAAGAACCUCACAUUCUUGGAAACACAACGAGGCACUCGACUCCUCACUUCCGGUUGGUGGGGUCGGUCCAGACAUCCAAAUUAUUUCGGAGAUUGGAUCAUGGCCUGCGCUUGGUGUCUCCCCGCUGGUUUCGGUUCUCCAUUACCAUACUUCUACGUCGUUUUCUUUGCCAUCCUCCUGAUCCAUCGUCAGAUGAGGGAUGAUGAGGCUUGUAAGAAGAAAUAUGGAUCAGAUUGGGAUAAAUAUUGUGAAUUGGUUCCGUAUCGAAUCGUCCCUUAUAUCUAUUGAGUCAACAUCGCAACAAUCGAAUAUCGAUACAGUGACAGAGAAGCAGGAAGGCGAAGGGCGGGAUGAAGGGGAAAAUCAAGUAAUCUUUCAUGCUUGAGAAUGCAAGUCAGGGAAUAAUUAAUG